CCACUCUUAGCUACUGCACGACACCCACAACCAGCCAGUCUUUCACAACCAAACCACCCACGCGCACCGAGCGAUAUCAGUCACCGUGGCGCACAACUACUACGAUGGGCAAAGCAGAGGUCGGCACUACAAAAUGGGUCGCAAACCAGCAACGUAGUAAAGGGCUUCAACGACUACGUUGGUGGUGUGAACCGUGUAGUAAACAGUGCAAGGAUGCCAACGGCUUCAAAUGCCACGUCCAGUCCGAGACACACGUCCGCCAGAUGCAAGUCGUUGGCGAAGACCCGCGCAAAUACAUCAACAACUUCAGCAACGACUUCCAGCGGGAUUUCGUUAGCCUACUACGAACGUCCCAUGGCGAGAAGUGGAUCAGCGCAAACAGAUUCUACAAUGAAUAUAUCCGGGAUAAGGAACAUGUGCACAUGAAUUCCACAAAAUGGAGUUCCCUGACAGAAUUUACCAAACAGCUGGGGAGGGAGGGGAUUUGUCAUGUAAAAGAAGACGAGAAAGAUGGCCUCAUGAUCGCAUGGAGAGAUACAAGUGUCGCAGCAGUCACCCGGAGAAAUGAGAUCGCUGAAUUAGAAGCCGCCGAGGCGAGGAGUGGGGCGGGCGAGGACAAGAUGCUGAAGAAGAUGGCGAAGCGCGCACAGGAAGAGGCAGAAGCUAAGAAGGUGAUCGAGGCGAAGCGGGCAGCAGCGGCUGCUUCAAUGCAGAAGGAAGACACCACUCCCCCGGCUGAUGGAGCGACUUUGAGCGAGAGCGCUGUGCCGACAGAGGACAAGAAAGCCGAUUCACCCGUGGAGCAGAACAAGGAGGAACCCAAGGUGGAGUCAGCGCCAAUCAAGCUAAGUUUUGGCUUAAAAGCUAAGGCUAUACCACCGAACAAGGCUGGUCUCGGUCAGAUGAAGAGCCAGAGUAUCUUCAAGCGGAAGAAAGACGACACACUAGAGCAAAAGCCUGUCAAGAAGGUGAAGCUAUGAGUGAGCUGAUUGCGGUGGAUUGGAUUUUUUUAUACAUGCAUAGCGCGGCGUCCUGGGAUAUCACAUUAGGGAAUGGGGGUGAAGAGCUCACCUGGUCUUGCGACGUGAACUUCAGCCUGCUAGAACCACUCCCAUAGUAUAAUGCACAGCCAUUAUUUGAGUAGCGGAGUGUAAUUUCUUUAUAUCAAGUCGGAGAAGAAGCAGGGCAUAUGAGCGCCACAUUUUUACCCAUUCAAUAAGAACAAGACAUGAGUACAUGCUAUCCAUGCAAAGGACUACGGGUUAAUACCCUUACCUACGCCAAUUUUCAGAGAGAGUCUAGUGUGAAAAGAGAAGUGACUGACCCCCGUCAGCGUUGGUUGCUGU